UGAGUCUGUGGCACUGAUGUCAUCCAUCAAUUCACGACCAUUAUCUCGGGAAUUUAGAAUUUGUAUUAAAUUUAUAAAGUCUAGUGUGUGUACAAUAAUUAACAAAAAUAAUUUAGCGAGUAUACCUGUAAAGAACUGUAGUUUACUGUGAGUGUGAUUUUUUUUGUUCAAAUGCAUUAUAAUAAACAUAGCCUUUAGUUUACCAUUUACGGUCCUAGGGUCAUAUCUUUAUGACUUCAUGCGUGGGAUGUUUAUAAUUUUUUCCUAGCAGGAACACUCAAUCUCAGAGAAGAAGACGAUGUCGUCAGAAUUGUUCCAACAGCUGUAGGAUUUCUGAAGAUAGUGUCAGAUUGUUAAAGUACCAUGUCAGGUACCGAGCAAAAUAUAUUGAACUCAAUGCAACAAUUGUCUGUACAAUCAAGUAACAGUGGUCCUACUGAGAAACCUACUCAAGUAGUUACACCCGCUGUUAAUAGAAGUCAACCUUCAUCUAAAGUGACUCCUGUUAAGCCAACUAUAUCUCCGGCCAUUGCUACUAUUGAUAGAUUGCUAAGUUUAGGCGCACCUAUACCACCACCACCUCCCGUUAUACAACGCACGGCCGACAUGGAUCCUCACACAGUUGAGCAGUUACGAGCUGUUAAGGAAAUGCUCACCUCCCAAGAGGAAGAGGCUCAAAGUCUACGAGAAAUAAAUCGGGAGCUUAAAGAGCGUUUAGAAGAAUGUGAAACUAAAAUUAAGAAAUUGUCCGAACAAAAUGAGGAAUAUGCAGAAAAAGAAAAGGCUUUAUCUCAAAGAGUAGCAGAAAAAGUUCGUAACAACAAACAAAUGAGUGUUGUCAUGGAGGAAUAUGAAAGAACUAUCUCUUCACUUAUUGGUGAAAGGGAAGCAGAGGCUAAACGAUGGACUGAAGAACGAGUGACAUUAUUAAGGGAACGAGAUGAGGCUGCUGCACAUUUAGCUUCUAUGGAACAUGCCUUCAAUGAUGUUCACACUAAAUAUGAGCGAUGUAAAGUGAUUAUACAAGGUUACAAAAGUAACGAAGAAACUUUGAAAAGAACCGUGGAAGACAAUAAUGAUGCUAUUCAAAAACUGGAAGCUAGAUAUGAAACUCUAAGGCAACAUGCUAUGCAACAGUUGAACAAAGCAAAUGCAGAGUUAGACUCGGUUAAGAAAGCUCAUCAAGCAGAAAUUUUGAAAUUAAAUGCCAUGUUGAAGAAAAGUGAAGUACAUGCGUCAUCUUUACAAGAAUCUUUGGCACAGAAAAUCAAAGAUAAUGAAGAACUUACAGCUAUCUGUGAUGAAUUGAUUAACAAGGUUGGUUAACUUAUUAAAGGAUCAUGUUUACUCAUAAACACCAUCAUUAACUCAGCAAAUAAUAUUUAUUUAACAUUAGAGUGUAAACAUAGUCUCAAUCAUCUGAUGUUAAUGAUAAAACCAUUAUGAUAAUCCUAAAAAAGUAAUCAAAUUUUGUUACCAUUUUUGUUAAAGUAUCUACAUUGUAUUUAAUGUAAAACUUUUUUUUUUUGUGCAAUCAGUUUGUAUGUCCGUUAUUCUGUAAAAUAAUUUAGUUAUUUAAGAUUUUAACGCUUUGUGACAUUUAUGUUUUGUUAAAUAUCAUAUACAUUAUAUUGUUAAUAUCUAUGUAUGUUUGGUGCUUUGCUCGCAAGUGGCCAUCAAUAGAAUGGUCAAAGUAUAAUAUUAUAGUUUUAGCAUUGUUUGGAAACAGGAUAGUGAUCCUGAUCUCCAUUAGUAUUAUUCAUUCUUAUAAUUCCAGAUUUAAUAAUAUAUAAAUUAAUCAAACCUAUAACAAAGUAACUUAGAUGCCAUAAUUUAAUUGAUUAUAUAUGCUUUAUACAAAUAUUUUAAACAUAAUAUUAGUUUGUUAAUACAUUAUUUCAUUUAUUGAUUACUUACAGUAAGAUUAAGAUAUUAUAAGGCAUCAAAUAUUAUUAAGUUAAAUUGGGCCCUAAAAUUAUGAUUGUAUAUUGUUCUAGUCCUAAAAUUAUUUUUUGCUAUGCUGAUUUUAGUACUGCCUAGCUUGAGAUUCACAGUAAUAUAUAAAGAAAACAAAUGAAUAUUAUCUAAAAAAUAAUGCUAUUCAUUUAACAUAACACAACAUGUUUAUUAUUAUAAUAACAAAAAGUUUUUUAGGCCAGCUUAGAGUUAGAAUCUCUAUAACACAUAGAGAAUAUACCAAAAAUGUGUGUAAUGGCAGAUGUUUCUGUAUUUACUUUAAUGUAUAUACUUUGUGUUGUCCCUUUCUUUUGAUGUCUGACUAUGUAUGUGUGCCUUCAACGCAGAAAAAAAAACAUUUACCAUCCAGAAAGUCCAUUACAUAACUCACAAAAAAUAAUUACUUAUUAGUAAAUGUAGGUAUCAUUUAAAGUACUAUGCCUGUCCACCAAAAAUGUUAAUAUUACUUAAUCUUUUAGGAAUUUAUUGCACUGAUAUUUAUUUUUCAUGUAUGGGCAUCUGUAAAGAUGUGGAGCGCUUGGAAAAAUUAUCAUCAUCCAUAAUUAUAAUAACAUUUUACUUGUAGUACUUCUGAUUUCAUUUCAUUCAUCUUAUUAAAAAAAUUGAACCAGUAAUAGUGACAUUCCAGAUUCUAUUUUUGUAAUGUUUUGUACUUUUUUUUGGAUUUAAGCGAACUCCUCAUUGAUUCAGACUGAUAAGCCAAUGUUUUAUUUUGAUAUUAAUUUACGUUUAUACCUUUGAUUGGCCAAUUUUUUAAUUUUCUCGUAGAUUAAGUAUAAUUUUGUACUUUCAUAAUUUUAUGCAUAAAGUUCAUGUGAAUAGAAUGAGGAAAUAAAAUUAUCCAUAUUUUGUA